GUAUAUGUAUGUAAAAGACCUAAGUUUAUGGUUGGCCGAUCGAAUCCCGCUAAUCCAAAUUUUAUUUUCGACCUCUAUUUCUCUCUGCAUCUAAUUAGGUUAGACUUAGAACCUAAUCAGAGAUCAGUCGGAGUUUCAACGAAAGCAGACCCUCCAACCUAAUUUUUAAUCUCUCCUACCUUUUACAAUCCUAUCAACACAUUUCACUUAGGGCUCCAACAAUCGAACAAAAGGUUGAAAUUGAAUCACAGAGCUUUGGAUGCUAUGAUGAAUAGGGAAGGAAUUUUGUUUGCUGGAGUUCGUUUGGUGUACAUGGAUCUAUUUGAUUAAAGAAUUACUGAGUGAUAAGUUUGAUUUUGUUUAUUACAGAACGGCAAGCACAUCAGGCAUGCGUCUAGACUAGUCCCAGUAAUAGUACCUUCCCAAACCAUCAUCAGAUCUUCUCUUGUGAUUUUACCCGGGAUAAAGGACAGUCCGUCUAGAAUUCCUCUCAGAAAACUUGCUUCCUAAAACAGGCUUGAUUAGUUUGACCACCUCAACUCCUCCCUACUAAAAUUGGUGGCUCUGAAACACACAAAAUUGGGGAAGAACAAAAAAUGCUUGAACCCUAGAUUUUCAUCUUCUUCUUCUUCUUCUUCAAUGGGUAAAUUAUCAAUUUCAGUGAUAGUAAGCUUAUGGGUGAUUCCAAUCUCUUUACUGGUCAAUCACAUUGUCCCUCAUCCUUACAUGGAUGAGAUAUUUCAUAUCCCUCAAGCUCAGGAAUACUGCAAAGGAAAUUUCAGAAGCUGGGAUCCCAUGAUCACUACUCCCCCUGGCUUGUACUAUCUUUCACUAGCCCAUGUUGCGUCUUUGUUUCCAGGGAUGUGGUGUACUAAAGCCGUGUCUUUGUUUUCUGAAGUUUGUUCCCCUGCGAUUCUUCGCUCAGUUAAUGGUGUCUUGACAGUUAUCUGCAGUCUUUUGGUAUAUGAGAUAGUCACAUGGUUGAAACCAGGUUCUGAUAAGAGAAAAACAACUUUACAAGCUGUAGUUAUCUCAUUGUACCCGCUUCAUUGGUUCUUUGCGUUUCUGUAUUAUACUGAUGUGGCUUCUCUGACUUUGGUUCUUGCCAUGUACUUGGCUUGUCUAAAGAGGCGUUACCAGCUUAGUGCUGUGCUUGGGGCUAUCACAAUACUUAUUCGGCAAACAAAUGUUGUAUGGAUGCUGUUUGUUGCGUGCUCUGGGAUUAUUGAUUUUACAUUGCUCCCAAAACGUAAAGAGAAAGUCCAACCAGAUGAUCAAGAUGCAUCAGUCAGAGAAUAUGAUGCGUUGGCGGACAAGAAGGGCACGCCGGUGAACUCAAACUUGAGAAAACACAAGAUGGAUAAGCCUUCGAAUGUGGUCAAAACUCCUGUUUCCGAUUCGGUGGAUUCUACCUCAGUUAAUACUUCAGGGUUGCUUGAUGAGGCUCAGGUCAUUCUUUUAAGGAUGUGGAACCUAAAAUUGGAAGUUCUGUUUUCCUUCGGCCCAUUCUUGGUUGUAUUUUUGGCCUUCGUUGUGUUUGUCUUCUGGAAUGGAAGUAUAGUUCUCGGUGCUAAAGAAGCUCAUACAGCAUCUCUGCAUUUUGCACAAAUCAUGUACUUUGCUCUGGUGUCUGCUCUGGCCAUGGCUCCCUUCUAUUUCAGUUUCAAGCAGUUUUCUAUGCUCAGCAAGUCAUUGUGGAAGAACAUACCUCUUAAUCUCUUUCAAGUGGUGUUGGUUUCUAUUGCUGGCCUCCUCUCUGUGCAUUAUUUCAGCAUCGCUCACCCCUAUCUUUUAGCUGACAACCGACACUAUACCUUCUAUAUUUGGAGGAGAGUUAUUCAAUAUCAUUGGUUAAUGAAGUACGUUUUGAUCCCACUUUACGCAUAUUCAUGGCUUUCGAUCAUCCAUGACUUAGGUAAAUGUCGGCAGAAGAUCUGGGUGUUGGUAUUUCUUCUAGCUUGUGCAGGAGUUCUCGUGCCUGCACCAUUGAUUGAGUUCAGAUACUAUACCAUCCCAUUCUACUUCUUGAUUCUUCAUUCUCAAAUCAAUGAUUAUAGAAGUUGGCUCUUAAUGGGAGUCAUGUAUGCCGCCGUUAACAUAUUCACUAUGUGGAUGUUCUUGUUCCGCCCAUUUCACUGGAGCCAUGAGCCUGGGACGCAACGGUUUAUAUGGUAGAUACCACCGUAAAAGAUGUUGCAGAGCACCGUCAAUGGCUUCUAAUGAGCCUGUACACAAGAUGGCAUCCGUUAAUGAAUUUCCAGUUCCCAUCAACUAAUCUAACCAUGGUGAGAUCUAGUCUCUUAUGCAUCAAGUGUUUUUUUACCCUGGCUUCCCGAUCCAUACUUGUGUUUAUAGAUGGUGAACCAUUGGAUGCUUGUGAUCUUAGUGAUAUAGUGCGUGAAUAGUUAACAAAACUUUGCUCUGAGGGGUCAAAAUGAAGCAACAAUUGUUUCCCCGACUAUACUAAUGAAAAUUUCUGUGUAGUUAUAUUGAGUCCAAAUAUCCAUAUGUUUGAGCCUCUUUUCAUGCUU